AACAAAUCCAACUCAGCCUCACAAGCAAGAAUUUAGCUGUUGUAAAAGGUGAUUCAUCUGCACACAGGAUCCACUGCCUGCUCUCCCAGCGCAGCUUGCUUAGCUAUUCAUGAAGAAAUUUCUGAUCGUCUUGGCUGUGUGUUCAGUGGUCGGCAUUGCGACUACAGAGAGGUCAUCAUGUCUGAAACGUGCAGCAUUUUCUUCUACAAACUUUGAGAACAUCCUGACAUGGGAAACUGAAGCAGAUAUUCCCCCUGGCACCGUAUAUGAUGUCCAGUAUAAGCAGUAUGGAGAGAAAGCCUGGCUUAACAAGCGUGAGUGCCAGAACAUCACACAGCCUUUCUGCAAUCUCACUCAUGAAACAGAAAACUUCACCGAGCACUACUACGCCAGGGUGAGGGCCACUGGCCAGAACUACUGCUCCUCCAACUGGGUGCGCUCAGAAAGAUUUGAACCCAGAAAAGAGACUGUUAUUGGAGCACCAGAAUUAGAGUAUAUUCCGUAUGUACGGUCCAUAAAGUUUCUUAUACGGCCCCCCUAUACUCCGCUGAGAGGUGAGGAUGGCCACCAGCUAACCAUAGAGGACAUUUAUAGCAAAUUUGGUCCUGUUGAUUAUCACUUAACACUAUUCAACCAACGAACACACCAAAAGUGGAUAAAGAAUGAGCACAACAAAGAAUUUGAAGUUAUCAACUUGGACCCAGACACUGAAUAUAAUGGAACAGUGUACAUACACCUCCGUGAGAGAAGCAGCAAAUCCCAAGUAUUUUGGGUGAAAACUCUAGCAGACACCACAUGGCUUCUCUACUGCUUUGUUGCACUCGGAUUCUGUGCUGGGCUGGUGUUUGCUGCAAUUAGCUACGUGAUCUAUAAAUACGUCAAGCAGCACAGUGCGCAGCCUAUGUCUUUGGACUUCAGAGGGAUUUCAUCAUUCCAGCCUCUCACACUGACAGUGGAGCAUAUUAUAAAGCCCAUUAAUUUAUCCAAACCUUCGCUUCUCAUCCCUGAAGUGCAGUUAGUGCAGAUCAGCCAGCAUUUGGACAAAGCCCUGGAGCCACCACAACCUCUCUGCCCACCAGAAGCUACCUACCAGCAACAGGCUGACGUGCAGGCGUCCCAGCUGCCCGCUCAGCCACCCUGCCUGGCAAGCACAAAUCCUGCUUACGCUCCCCAGAGAGCUGAGCAAAGGGUCUCCAACCUCCCCCUGACCUACGGGGUGUGUGUCGAUGGCACGGACCAUGUCGACAAGAACAAUUUGCACCCAAACCAGGUGCUAAAGGAAGUUUCUCCAGAUAGCUUUGCUGGUGUGAAGCUUGUAAACCAGGUGCUAGGCAAAAGCUGCAGCCACUGGAGUUAUAAAGAACAGAGGCCAAACAUGGCACUGUGGGGCAGCAGUGGCGUGGGAGAGCCAGCUCCUGUGCAACGGAGCCCCGGGCAAACGCAGCAGCUGCUGUUGCAGACUGACGGGAUGGAAAGUAAAGUGCACGUACCCCAGCUGGCGCUGUCUUUGGUGGGACAAGAAGGAUGCUAUAGACAGCAGACAGCAGAACUGCCGCUGUUGUUGUCUUCGGUUACGGUUGAUGGGGACCAGGUUCCAGAGGAUGAAUCCCUGCCAUCUCCAUCAGCAGCUCUCCUCCUCUCAGUCAGUACCGGUGACAGCUUCCCUGGGGAGAACAACACAGAGUGGUGGAUGUCAUCAGGUUCAGUGUCACAUCCUGAAAAUAAAUUUUACUUCCUAGAAACUCAAGAAACACAGAAGUUAACAGCAGUAAAGGAGCUUAGCUGCACUAAACUGAAUAAUGUUCUGUCCCAGGACACUAUCUCAGACCGGGGCAAUGGCUUUUCUCUCACUACGCUGUUCAAAGACCUGAACCUGAAAGUACUGUGGGAUCAAGAAGAUGAACACACAGAAUUUUAUUAAGAAAAGUUAAUAAUAUUAAAAUCCAGAUUCUGUUUGCUUACAUAAAAUAGUAACAUAUCCUGAAAACAGUACAACACAAAUAUACAUAGCUAAUCUCGGAUGUAUUGUAACAGGGCACUGAGCUGUUCCCACUAUUGUUCUAUCAUGGGCUCUGGUACCUUACUAAUAUAAUUACUUCCUGGUAUGCUAUGAUACUGUAUCUUAGCACUUAAUUAGUACAUCUUCGCUCUGUGGAUAUUCUUCAGACUGGUUAUGAAUUGGACUACUUUAAAGCUGAGUUAGGAUUCAAGUUCAAAUUCCAGAUUCAGUUUCCUGAAAUCUUGGCUAAGUUCACAACAGAAACUGUAUUUGUUCUUUACCAACACCAAACAGCCAGCUCCGAAAUAUGCCCAUGCUUUGAAGAAAUUAAAGUGCAGAUGUGUGCAAAGCUAAAAGAAUUAAAACAAUGUGGUACAGUAAAAGAAUGAAAUACAUAUUGGUGUUCUACCCUUGGAUAUAUGAUUCUUGCAAAGCUAGUUCCAUAGAAUGGACUUUGCCUUUAAAGCAGUCAUUGAAACUGUGGUAAUAGCUCCUGAUACAGCAGUUCUGAGAAACUAAAUGCCCUCUAUUCUGCUGUGCUCUUUAAUGCUUGUAGAAAGAUUAAACCUUUUUCAUCUGUGCAGCAGAAUGAUGCAGUCUUGGCCCAGCCCUGACGUAUUUUUCAACUGCUGCUCAUUUCUUUCUCAUGAAAUAGUCACCCAUUCUCUUCUUCCCUAGAAAUCCCCAGGGACAAAGCAGGGAGGCUCACACUCCACAUAGGCAUGAACACGAGGAUUCGCACCAAUCUCAGUUCAGCCCCAUGAACCCUGAAUGAAUACUGAGUGCAUUACUCUCUGUAAUCUACCAAGGAGACCAGGGAGGUGUUGAGCUGCUUCCACCUUUCCUUCCCUGGCACUACCAGCGAGGAACAUGCUCCAUGUGAAUGAUGGAGAAGAAUCUACAACUGCAGAGGUCUCCUCUACCUCUGUUACCAGCACACCCACCUCCAGGGCUGAAAUGAAGCAAAACCAACAUAAACUGACAGCCAAAUUCCUUUGGGGCUGCAGCUUUGCCAAAAGCAAGCUAAAUGGUAUUUAUCUGGGGGACAGAGAUGGCAAUUGUUUUUCAUUAAGAGGAGAGUGUAGUUCAGCCUGUUGAUUUCCACUGGUGCAGUGAAUAAGUGCACGUGUCUGAUGACCUCAGGUUUUCAGCAGAACUGAAACCAUAUGUAAGAAUAAGCCAGGUUUUGAGUAGUAUGGGGAAGUACUCACUGGAAGCACUCCCUGAGCGCUGCCAGGGGAAGGCUGACCAGGAGCAAAAACUCAGCUGUUCUCACCACGAGUGCACUUCGGUGUUUUCUCAGUCUGGGGAAGCGGAGGCCAAAGGUUAAAUUCCACUUUCGUGGUAUGAUUUUGCAAAUAAACUGUAGCUUUAUGAAGC